AUGGCUUUCUUGAAGGAUGGAAACCACACUGAGGUGACAGAGUUUAUUUUAUUGGGUUUAACUGAUGACCCAGUCCUUAGAGUCGUCCUCUUCAUCAUCAUCCUGUGCAUCUACCUGGUGACCGUGUCUGGGAACCUCAGCACCAUCCUUCUCAUCAGAGUCUCUUCCCAGCUCCAUCACCCCAUGUACUUUUUUCUGAGUCACUUGGCCUCUGCUGACAUAGGCUAUUCAUCUUCUGUCACCCCCAAUAUGCUUGUCAACUUCCUGGUGAAGAGAAAUACCAUUACCUACUAUGGAUGUGCCAUUCAACUUGGCUCAGGUGCUUUCUUUGGAACAGUUGAGUGCUUUGUUCUGGCUGCGAUGGCUUAUGAUCGCUUCGUAGCAAUCUGUAGCCCACUGCUUUAUUCCAUGAAGAUGUCCACACAAGUCUGUGUCCAGUUGCUUACAGUAGCAUACAUAAGUGGUUUUCUUAAUGCCUCCUCCUUUACCAUUUCCUUUUUUACUUUUUUCUUCUGUGGACCAAACAGAAUCAAUCACUUUUUCUGUGAUUUUACUCCAUUAGUUGAACUCUCCUGCUCGGAUGACAGUGUCUCUAUUGUUCUUGCCACUAUUUCUGUUGGCACUGUGAUUGUGGUCACAGUGUUUGUAAUUAUUGUCUCCUACACCUACAUCCUCAUCACCAUUUUGAAGAUGCGCUCCACUGAGGGUCGCCAAAAAGCUUUCUCCACCUGCACCUCCCACCUCACUGCAGUCACUCUGUUCUAUGGCACCGUCACAUUCAUCUAUGUGAUGCCUAAGUCCAACUACUCCACAGACCAGAACAAGGUGUUGUCUGUGUUCUACAUGGUGGUGAUCCCCAUGUUGAAUCCACUCAUCUACAGUCUCAGGAAUAAUGAGAUUAAGGAUGCUCUGAAGAGACAAUUUGGUAGGAAAAUAUUUUCUGAGAGACAUUUGUUAUGUUGUAGGACUUGA